CAGCGCCCGGGGGCGGCGGCGGCAUCACCAUGGGCCGGCCGGGCAGGGUGCUGCGGCUGCUGGCGCUGCUGGAGCUGCCCUGCUGCCUGCUGGAGCUGCUGCUCGGGGAGGCGGCCCGCGGGCAGGAGAUGUACGCGCCCCACUCCAUCCGCCUGGAGGGGGACAUCACCCUGGGCGGCCUCUUCCCCGUGCACGCCAAGGGCCCCGGCCCCCCGAGCUCCCCCUGCGGGGACAUCAAGAAGGAGAACGGCAUCCACAGGCUGGAGGCGAUGCUCUACGCCCUGGACCAGAUCAACAGCGACCCGGACCUGCUGCCCAACGUCACGCUGGGCGCCCGCAUCCUGGACACCUGCUCCCGGGACACCUACGCGCUGGAGCAGUCCCUCACCUUCGUGCAGGCGCUCAUCCAGAAGGACACCUCCGACGUGAGGUGCACCAACGGCGAGCCGCCCGUCUUCGUCAAGCCGGAGAAAGUAGUUGGAGUGAUCGGGGCGUCGGGAAGUUCCGUGUCCAUUAUGGUGGCCAACAUCCUCCGGCUGUUCCAGAUCCCACAAAUCAGUUAUGCCUCAACUGCCCCCGAGUUGAGCGAUGACAGGCGCUAUGAUUUCUUCUCACGGGUGGUUCCUCCAGAUUCCUUCCAAGCACAAGCAAUGGUGGACAUUGUGAAAGCUUUGGGAUGGAAUUAUGUGUCCACUGUGGCAUCUGAAGGGAAUUAUGGAGAAAAAGGAGUGGAGUCCUUCAUGCAAAUUUCCAGAGAGGCAGGUGGGCUCUGCAUCGCCCAGUCCCUGAAGAUCCCCCAGGAGCGCAAGGACAAGAGCAUCGACUUCGACCGCAUCAUCCGGCAGCUGCUGGAGACGCCCAACGCCAGGGCCAUCGUCAUCUUCGCCCACGACGAGGACAUCAGGCAGAUCCUGGCAGCAGCCAAGAGGGCAGACCAGGUGGGCCAUUUCCUGUGGGUGGGCUCCGACACCUGGGGCUCCAAGGUGAGCCCGCUGCUGCAGCAGGAGGACGUGGCCGAGGGAGCCAUCACCAUCCUGCCCAAGAGAGCCACCAUCGAGGGCUUUGACACCUACUUCACCUCUCGCACCCUGGAGAACAACAGGAGGAACGUGUGGUUUGCAGAGUACUGGGAGGAGAACUUCAACUGCAAGCUGACCAUCACUGGCUCCAAGAAGGAGGAUUCGGACAGGAAAUGCACAGGGCAGGAGCGCAUCGGGAAGGACUCGCACUACGAGCAGGAGGGGAAGGUGCAGUUCGUGAUCGAUGCCGUGUACGCCAUGGCCCACGCCCUGCACCACAUGAACCGCGACCUGUGCGCCGACAGCGCCGGGCUGUGCCCCGAGAUGGAGCACGCCGGGGGCAAGCGGCUGCUCAAGUACAUCCGCAGCGUCAACUUCAACGGCAGUGCUGGCACUCCAGUGAUGUUCAACAAGAACGGGGAUGCCCCGGGGCGCUACGACAUCUUCCAGUUCCACAGCAGCAACACCAGCACGCCUGGCUACCGCCUGGUGGGGCAGUGGACAGACGACCUGCAGCUCAACAUCGAGGAGAUGCAGUGGGGCGGGGGCGUGCGUGCCGUGCCCUCCUCGGUGUGCAGCCAGCCGUGCCGGCCGGGCGAGAGGAAGAAGAUGGUGAAGGGCAUGCCGUGCUGCUGGCACUGCGAGCUGUGUGACGGGUACCAGUACCAGGCCGACGAGGUCACCUGCCUGCUCUGCUCCUACAACGAGCGGCCCAACGAGAACCGCACCGGCUGCCGCUCCAUCCCCAUCAUCAAGCUGGAGUGGCACUCGCCCUGGGCCGUCAUCCCCGUCUUCCUGGCCAUGCUGGGCAUCGUGGCCACCAUCUUCGUGGUGGCCACCUUCAUCCGCUACAACGACACGCCGAUCGUGCGCGCCUCGGGCCGCGAGCUCAGCUACGUGCUGCUGACGGGCAUCUUCCUGUGCUACAUCAUCACCUUCCUGAUGAUCGCCAAGCCCGACGUGGCCGUCUGCUCCUUCCGCAGGAUCUUCCUGGGGCUGGGCAUGUGCAUCAGCUACGCGGCGCUGCUCACCAAGACCAACCGCAUCUACCGCAUCUUCGAGCAGGGCAAGAAGUCGGUGACGGCGCCGCGGCUGAUCAGCCCCACCUCGCAGCUGGCCAUCGCCUCCAGCCUCAUCUCCGUCCAGCUCCUGGGCGUCUUCAUCUGGUUCGCGGUGGACCCGCCCAACAUCAUCGUGGAUUACGAUGAGCAGAAAACUAUGAACCCCGAGCAGGCGCGAGGAGUGCUCAAGUGUGACAUUACGGAUCUACAAAUCAUUUGUUCCUUGGGCUAUAGCAUUCUGCUCAUGGUGACGUGCACUGUGUAUGCCAUCAAGACUCGGGGUGUCCCGGAGAAUUUUAACGAAGCCAAACCCAUUGGAUUCACUAUGUACACUACCUGUAUAGUAUGGCUUGCCUUCAUUCCAAUAUUUUUUGGCACUGCCCAGUCAGCAGAAAAGCUCUACAUCCAAACCACCACGCUCACCAUCUCCAUGAACCUGAGCGCGUCGGUGGCGCUGGGGAUGCUCUACAUGCCCAAGGUUUACAUCAUCAUCUUCCACCCCGAGCUGAACGUGCAGAAGCGCAAGCGCAGCUUCAAGGCGGUGGUGACGGCGGCCACCAUGUCCUCGCGCCUGUCGCACAAGCCCAGCGACCGCCCCAACGGCGAGGCCAAGACGGAGCUCUGCGAGAACGUGGACCCCAACAACUCCCUACCACCAGUAAGAAAGAGUGUUCAAAAGUCUGUUACUUGGUACACUCUCCCACCUACUGUAUAGCUUUUGCCUGCUUUCCAAAAAGUCCACAGCACUCACACAGCAGCAGUAGGAAUGGAGUUGGAAUUAGCAGGUUUUCUGUACCGCUGGCUCCAAUUAAGGAAUAUGAGUUGGGUUUGUUUCUUCCCUGCCAUAAUCUCAUAAACAUUUGGAAACACAUUUCCUAAGCUCCUGAGCACCUUUGCAGCUCCACGUGACCUGGUGCAGGCCCUGCUGCAAAAAAGAAGUACGUGAGCUACAACAACCUGGUGAUCUAGGCCAGCUGCCAUGGGGCACGGGCCACCAGCCCACCCGGCUGGCUGAGCUCCCCACACGGGCUCCAGGGAACCGGGCACGGGGGAGGCGAGAGGAGCCCGGCUCCAGGCCGCUCCCGGCAUCUCCUCCAUCCUGCCGGCUCUGCACGGCGCUGGCCUGGGCUCCGGGCUCAGGGCUGCCGUGGCCUUGGGACACCGUGGCCUUGGGGCCUCUCCAGCCUUGGGACCGCUGUGGCCUUGGGGCUGCCAUGGC